UCUCGGCCCACAGAGAUGUGUGACCAGACCUUCCUAGCAGUUGUAUUUGGUCCAUGCGACAAGUGCUCCAAAGAGAAGCCCCUCAGGGCUGUUUACAUCAAAUCAGAACAACUCAGCUACUGCUCGCUAUGUGUGGAAAUGAUGGCAACCGAGGGGCUGCACGAGAACGAGACCUUGGCAUCGCUGAAAAAUGAGGCCGAGAGCCUGAAGGGCAAGCUGGAGGAGGAGCGGGCCAAGCUGCACGACGUGGAGCUCCAUCAGGUGGCAGAGCGCGUGGAGGCGCUGGGCCAGUUUGUGAUGAAGACCAGGAGGACGCUGAAGGGCCAUGGAAACAAAGUGCUCUGUAUGGACUGGUGCAAAGACAAGAGGAGGAUUGUGAGCUCCUCGCAGGAUGGGAAGGUGAUCGUGUGGGACUCCUUCACCACCAACAAGGAACAUGCGGUGACGAUGCCGUGUACCUGGGUGAUGGCGUGUGCAUAUGCCCCAUCUGGAUGUGCCAUUGCUUGUGGUGGCCUGGACAACAAGUGUUCUGUGUACCCUCUGACAUUUGACAAAAACGAAAAUAUGGCUGCAAAGAAGAAGUCGGUUGCAAUGCACACAAACUACUUGUCAGCCUGCAGCUUCACUAACUCAGACAUGCAGAUCCUGACAGCAAGUGGAGAUGGAACUUGUGCUCUUUGGGAUGUCGAGAGCGGGCAGCUUCUGCAGAGCUUCCAUGGCCAUGGAGCCGAUGUCCUGUGCCUGGACCUGGCCCCUUCUGAAACGGGAAAUACGUUUGUCUCUGGGGGAUGUGACAAGAAAGCCAUGGUUUGGGAUAUGCGGUCUGGUCAGUGUAUCCAGUCGUUUGAAACCCACGAUUCAGAUAUCAACAGUGUCAGAUAUUACCCAAGUGGAGAUGCUUUUGCCUCUGGUUCAGACGAUGCCACGUGUCGUCUGUAUGACCUCCGUGCAGACAGAGAAGUAGCAAUUUAUUCCAAAGAGAGCAUCAUUUUUGGAGCAUCCAGUGUGGACUUUUCUCUCAGUGGUCGCCUGCUGUUCGCAGGCUAUAACGAUUACACCAUAAAUGUCUGGGACGUGCUGAAAGGGUCCCGUGUCUCCAUCCUGUUCGGACAUGAAAACCGUGUCAGCACGUUGCGGGUGUCCCCCGACGGGACCGCGUUCUGCUCGGGCUCCUGGGACCACACUCUGCGGAUCUGGGCUUAAUCCGGGAUCCUGUGUGCAGAACCAAAGGAAGACUGAACCUCUGGACUGCAAAAGCUGCAUUAAAAAACACCCUUCAAAUACAACACUACAGAGGAGGGACAGUGAAUACACAGGUUAACACAACUAGGUAGAAAACGUAAUCUGCUUGAACACAUAGCAAACAGCAACUUGUAGUAAAACGAAACGUUUUUAAUUCUGUUUUGAAACUAUCUUAUUUUAUUAGAACUAGUUUAGAUAAUUAUAAAGUGGCUUUUCUCUGAAGUCACCUGUAUCAUAGAAAUGAGUCUUUCAGUGCACAUGAUGUAUUUAUUUGCAUGAAUUGAGUUCCUUUUUAAAGUUAACAAAAAAAAAGAAGAAAAAAAGAUACCUGAUAUUAUCAGGAUGUAGCAUAAGACUUUGGAAACAUUCCGUAGGAGUACAUUGAAUUUUGGUGUUGAAAAGUGGAAAGAAAAGUAGUUCUGAUAUGUGGAUGACUUAAUAUUGGUAGUACGAAGAGGAGCAAAGGACCUACUGUGAAGGUACCGGCUGUUGGCAUCAAAAUGUAUUUUUUGUACAAAAAAAGGAAUCCUUUCAAUCCCUGUUUUUUCCUACUGUCUUUUUAGAUAGAAAGAAGUAUUUCAUCUCUGUUACCUGAAUAUAAAAAUCUAAAUAUAUACAAACUGAUAAACUGCAAAGAGGAGGGAUAUGAACAUGAUUUACAUAAUCAUGAGGUAAUACGUAACCAGUAGUUUCUUAGAAAUUUUUAAUUGUAUCACUUGGUGAGUGAAUUUUCUUUUACUUAAAGGAAUAUUACAUACUGAGCACUAAGGGAUACUACACGCUAAGCGCUAAGCACCGUUACACCAAUCGUCAAAUCUUUUCCAAGUCAGCCAUAGUAAUUCUCUGAUCGUGAUUCUUAUUUGUGUUUGGAGCAGUUCAUAGCACUUUGACAGGGCAAUGUGACUGAAAUGUGUAUUAAGGCAAUAUAUGCCCAUUCCAAGGUCCUUCUGCAGUGUCAGUGCAGUAUAAGUUCAUGCAAACGCGGGUCAGACCUUACAAUCCAGGUGGUAUGGUCCUUAAUCUACCAGUGAUCUCCCGCUGGCCUGGACAUAGUGUUGUCAUAGUUGGACUUGAGAACAGGCACCAGGGGGUUGUUGGGAACCCGCUGUGAGCCCGUCCUGCGGCGUUCGAUGCCCUGCGCACCAGAGCCCCCGCGCCCAGGGGACCGGGAGCGCGGGGGUUUGGGAAGCAGCACCGCGGGCGCAUCACUGGCAGCACCCGGCCCAUCCGUGAGCACGGUGACGCGCCCAGAGCCGGCGGGACGGUCCCUGCGCUGAGCUGAUGCUGGAGAAUUAACAUUUAAUCAGAUAAAGCUGAGAUGCAGUUAAAUGUAGAACUAUUGGGAAAUUACAUCUGCAUUUAUCCAUUGAAGGCUAUUGAGAGUAGAGUGUGUCACCUCUGCUCACAAUAAGUACCGAGUCUAAGCACACAAGGAGCAGAGUGCUGGAGUGGUGCCGGGGGCUUGCACCAUCUGGCCUUUGAAAUGCAAUCAGUGAGAUACAUCUCCGAAAAGAUCAAAGACACAAUUUAUAUUUAGAUUGAAGUGAGAAGACAAGCUCACUGGAGUAAGCUUGAUCACAGGCUCACUGAUCACUGGAACGGGCUGUUCACAUAAGUUUGAUGAUAAAGCCCUCAUUCUAUUUGAAAGUGGGAUUUUUUUAACAAUUCUGUAAAAGCUGUAUUAGAAAUAAAGUCUCCUCAUUCAUGACAACAUUAGGUUCCAUGAAUCCAUAACCAGUUAACCUAGGAUGCUGACAUUUGUGUCAGCCAUCAGUCCCCAAUGAAAUAGUUCAGCCGUUUUCACUUGGAAAAGUCAGCUCUGAUGCUUUGCAAUAUUUGUGGCAAACUAUCCCUGUAACAAACUGAAUGCACUAUGGAAAUGUCAUAUAGAGCUCACUGUGCAAUAUUGAGUCAAUACACUGUACACAUUUGAGCAAAAUAUUAAUAUUAAUGUUUAGAUAGUAUUUAUUGGUAAGAUGUUUGAUUCAAACAUACUACAUUGUGUUGAUAUUUAUGAAUGGCCUAAAUACAAUAAAUUGUAUUUUACAUAUUGAUAA